UGUUUUUGUCUAACUUCAAGUAAAUGGGCUCGAGAUUGAAAAGCUGUGGUUGUUUUGUAUUAAAAGCAAAUUGUAAUAGUAUUUUGUUAGAAAGUAAACAAAAUUAACGUACAGAUGAAAGUGGAAAUGAUGGAUGACUUGGACGACACGACAAUUUGUGAUUCUGUGAAUUCACUGGUAGAAGGAUGCAGACUACCUGUGCGUAUGAAAGGCACUGAUGAUUGGCCUUUGGCGGAACUGAUCAGUAUUAAGGAAUCACCAGGAUUUAGGCUAUAUUAUGUACAUUAUGUUGAUUUUAAUAAGAGGUUAGAUGAAUGGGUCACAGAAGACUUAUUGGACACAAGGAAGGUGCACUUUCCCAGAAGAGACUGCGUUAUAAACACAGGUGUAUCUACUCCAAAGAGGGCUCCAGUAGGAACUGGUGGCCAAUCUGUCUCAAGGCCAUCAAGUCCUGUUACUGGAGAACUUGUAAAUGGUAGUGCUGUAUUAGCAGCUGCACUACAAAAGAGGAUAAACAAUAAUAAAAAACGGAAGGGUUUAUCAUUAGAAAAUGAAGACUCUCAGGAUGCGCCGCCACCUGCUCAACAGCCUGCGCUACCUGGCCCUAGGCAGUCUGGGAGCAUGGUUGCACAUCACGACGAUGUCAUCACCCGGAUGAAGAACGUUGAUAUGAUAGAAUUAGGCAAACACAGAAUUAAACCUUGGUAUUUUGCCCCGUAUCCACAGGAGAUGGUUGGAAUACCUUGCAUCUAUAUAUGCGAAUAUUGUUUAAAGUACAGGAAGAGCAGAAAAUGUCUGGAGAGGCACAUGGUUAAAUGCAAUUUGAAACAUCCUCCAGGCAACGAAAUCUACAGGAAAGAGCACAUCUCGUUCUUCGAGAUAGACGGCAGAAAGAACAAAAAUUACGCGCAAAAUCUCUGCCUGCUGGCCAAGUUAUUCCUCGACCAUAAAACUUUGUACUAUGAUACAGAUCCUUUCCUUUUUUACGUCAUGACAGUGUUCGAUAACCGCGGUUUUCACAUAGUCGGGUACUUUUCUAAAGAAAAGGAAUCUACGGAGGAUUACAAUGUCGCUUGCAUUUUGACGAUGCCUCCGUAUCAACGAAAAGGAUAUGGAAAACUUCUCAUAGAAUUCAGUUACGAAUUGUCCAAGUUUGAAGGUAAAACUGGUUCUCCCGAGAAACCGUUAUCUGAUUUAGGUCUGCUAUCUUAUAGGAGUUACUGGGCGCAAACAAUUAUGGAAAUUUUGCUUUCUAUGAAGCCGGUCGGUGAUAACGAAAAGCCGCAAAUCACAAUCAACGAAAUUUGCGAAUCCACGAGUAUAAAAAAAGAAGAUGUGAUAUCGACGUUACAAAAUUUAAAUUUAAUUAACUACUAUAAAGGUCAAUAUAUUAUUACACUAAACAAAGAGAUUCUCGAGAGCCAUAGGAAAGCCAUGGAAGUGCGAUUGAUUAGGAUAGAUCCUAAGUAUUUGCAUUGGACACCCAAGGAUUGGGGUAAACGAGCAAAAUGGUAAAAAAUACUUUUUAUUAUUUUAAUGACUGAAAAAAAUAAA